AACUAGGACCCUUCUUUCCUAGAGGUGAUGGCCGUGGUCUUAGAAGAAAUACUAAAUCUUGGAAUAAAGCAUCAAAUCUUCUAUUUAUUGAAUCUCCUGCUGGUGUUGGAUGGUCUUAUUCAAACACAUCUAGUGAUUAUACUUGCGGAGAUGACUCUACUGCUAAGGAUAUGCUCACUUUCAUGCUCAGAUGGUACGAAAAGUUUUCAGAAUUAAAAUCUAAACCUUUGUUCCUUACAGGUGAAAGUUAUGCAGGACAUUAUAUACCACAGUUGGCAAAUGUCAUACUAGACUACAACAAGCAGUCCAAGGAUUUUAAGUUUAACCUAAAGGGAGUAGCUAUUGGAAAUCCACUUCUGAGACUUGACAGAGAUGUUCCAGCAGUGUACGAAUAUUACUGGUCACAUGGAAUGAUAUCAGAUGAAUUAUAUUUGAGAAUCAAAGAACACUGCAAUUUUGAUGAUUAUGAAUUCCCAGUUCCUCAUAAUGAGCCAAUCUCAUGCAACCAAGCUAUUGAUGAAGCAUAUAAAGUAAUUUCUGACUAUAUUAAUGUCUACGACGUUAUUUUGGAUGUCUGUUAUCCUUCUAUUGUUCAGCAAGAGCUGCGUUUACACAAACAAGUUACAAAGAUGAGUAUGGGAGUAGAUGUAUGCAUGACAUCAGAAAGAUAUUUCUAUUUCAACCUUCCUGAGGUUCAGAAAGCUCUUCAUGCUAAUCGCACUAAUCUACCUUACGAAUGGACCAUGUGCAGUGAUGUGCUGAAUUACUCUCAAUCAGAUGGUGAUACGGAUAUGCUUCCAUCCCUCAAAAAUAUUAUUCAACAUGAUGUUCCUCUUUGGAUAUUCAGUGGAGAUCAAGACUCAGUGGUACCACUAAUAGGGUCAAGAACAUUGGUGCGAGAAUUAGCUAAUGAUUUAAAGAUGACGACAACAGUAUCAUAUGGAGCAUGGUUUCACAAAGGGCAAGUAGGAGGAUGGCAAGUUGAAUAUGGUGAUAAACUCACAUUUGCAACAGUAAGAGGAGCUGCUCAUAUGGUUCCCUACGCACAGCCAUCUAGAGCUUUGCAUCUUUUCAGCUCAUUCGUUCAUGGUAGAAGAUUGCCUAAUACCACUCGUAUUCCCAUUGCCUGAUGGUCAUUGAAUUAUUAAAAUUUAAUUUUCUUCUGUCAAAAGUAUAACUUACUUUAAUUUUUCACUUCCCUUCAAUAUUUUGAUGUGCAAUAAGUGAUUUCAUGAACUCUUGAAUUUGGCAGCCCGCUAAUGCAAAGUAUAUAUUAAUGGCUGCUUUUACGAUCCGAACCCAUAAUUAUAGAUUCUUGGAUUGAUUGUUUUUAUCUUAUAAGGUGAACCCUUAAAGUUGAUUCAA